AUGGCGUAUCCAAAAGCAAGAGGAGGAAUGGGCUUUCGAGACUUGCAUGCUUUCAAUAUGGCAAUGGUGGCUAAACAAGGUUGGAACAUCAUGACAAGUCCGAAUACACUAGUGAAAAAAGUCUACAAGGCGAGGUACUUUCCAAAUUCCUCUCUUUUUGACUGUCAUCUUGGUAAUAAUUCAAGUUAUGUGUGGCGUAGUAUUUGGAAGUCCCGUCAAAUCCUAAUGAAUGAGUGUAGGUGGAGCAUCGAAAUGGGAACCAAUAUAAAAGUCAUGAAGGAACCUUGGCAAAGAGAGAAAGAUGGUAUAUGGGCGCACUUACCACAAGUACAAAGUGCGUAUAAUAUUACUGUUGACCAACUUAUGGUCCCAAAUGUGAAAAUGUGGGAUAAGGAAAAAAUUGAAUCUUUAUUUUCGGUGGAUGUCGCUUGUUGUAUUCUUAACACUACUUAUUUGAUGGGGUUGAGGAGGAUAAACUAG